AUUAGGCAAGAUCCCCCAACAAAGAAGAACCCAAACAGAGGGGCUUCAGGGCUGUGUUUACUUUAGAAAUCGAUAAAGUGGCAGUGGGACGAGCAAAGACCAUCGCUGAGAAGUCAAAGGUUGCUCCGUGAAAACUCGUCCCUUAGUCUUUAGCAGUUUGAAGACAGGAAGUGGCGUUGCUAGCAGGAUUGCGAGGAUGUGUGCUUCCUUUAAAAGGAGAAGAAUUAACUGUGUGUGACUUGACGCGAACUGAGAGAGUGCAAAACUAUUAGGAAAGAGGAGACAACCCCCCCCCCCCCAAACAACUAGUCUGUCUGGUUCACCGAGGUUGCACGCAAUACAAGUGGCCGGCAGACUAAAAGGCUUUGGCUUAAAAACUCCAGGUAAUUGUAUGACUAAAAUAAUAUGGAACAAAUAAAAGAAGACAAGAAAUAAAAUAACACACAAAGGGAUGAUGCGUCACGAUUAUCCUCAUCCGUCUUGAGUCAUUGGAAAUUAGGAUCCCAGUGGCACGUGCGUGAGUUCCUUACCCUAUCGAACCUCCAGUGACGUGCACAGACGCUCGCCGGCGGAACGUAGGCGCGUGCAUUUAAGUACCGGAGGUUACAGGCUUGCGCAUUUGUGGGGAUUCAGACAGAGCAGAGGAUAGCGUUGCAUAUCAAAAUCUCCACAGCUCACAGUAUCAGUAUACAGUGACAACCUGUGCAGUGACUAAGGAAGAUAACUGAGUCUUUCAGUAACGCCAGCUGUUUUUACAGUGUCUUCAGUCACUAUGGAUUUUAACAGUUCCAAGAAUAUCACGUUCCUGGAUUCGGAGUUCCGCUACAAACUGUUCCCAGCCUUUUACAGCGUGGUGUUUGUGCUGGGCCUGCUGGCUAAUGCCUACGUCCUCUACGUUUUGUGGCACAUUCGUGAGGCCAAGGCCAUGAACGAGAUACGAAUCUACAUGACCAACCUGACGGUGGCCGACCUGCUGUUCGUCUGCGUGCUGCCCUUCUGGAUCGACUACUACAUGCGGAGGGGCAACUGGGUCCACUCUGAUGCGCUCUGCCGCCUCUCUGGCUCCUUUUUCUUCAUCAACACCUACUGCUCUGUGCUCUUCCUCGCCGUCAUCAGUAUCAACCGCUACUGGGCCGUGACCCGCCCGCUGGUCGCUGCCUCCUCAGACUGCUGGAAGCGCGGGGCGUGCAUCUCGUUCGCCGUCUGGGCCGUCACUCUGGCGGCGGCAGCCUAUCAGCUCACUAGCGUGGGCCUCCAGAUGGACAAGGAGAAGGAGAUCGAGCGAUGCAUGGAGGGCUACCACACGACGAAGUACAACGAGAAGAUGAUCGUGGCAGUGACCCACUUCCUCAUCGUCGGCCUAUUCAUCUUGGUCUUCCUCCUGGUGGUGGCGUGCAACGUGCUGAUUGCCCGCGCCCUGCUGUCUCAGCCCAUCAGCCAGCCGCGCGCCAGCACGGGCCGUCGCCCCCACGGCACCAAGCGACGUGCCCUGCGCAUGCUCUGCGCCGUGGUGGGCGUGUUCAUCGUGUGCUUCUUGCCGCAUCACCUGGUGCAGGUGCCCUGGGUGAUAGCCGUGCUGGAACUGGUGGAAUGGGACGACAACACACGGCAGGUUCUGAACGAUGCUCACCAGGUGACACUGCUCCUCAUGGGCCUGAACUGCAUCCUGGACCCCAUCGUCUACUGCUUUGCCACCAGGAAGUUCCGCAAGUACAUCCAGAGUCACCUGAACAGGGUGAGGCAGAGCAAGAACUGUUCCAACUACACCACCACCACGAACAUGUCAAUGAAGACCAGGAACCAGAACGAGAUGAUCAGUGUGUUUGAGGAGCCAAAGGAGUAGCAUGGGAACAGGCGAGACAUGAGAACCCUUGCGAACGAGGAGCUGGUGUGGCUUGUGGCAGACACGUUUAAGACGUGAAGGGAGACAGCAUGGAGGAAUUUGGAGCUGGGAUUCCUUCUGGAGCCAGUCAGUAACUGUGACAUUUCAUAUGUGUGAACUGAUAGAGAGAGAGUGAGACAGGUAAAGAAAGAAUUACCCAGUUGUAUGACAGCACAGUGCUGAGGCAAUCCUCCCUGCUUCAGGAUAUUCUGCAUCCAGAGAGCACGAAGGAACACUCUACUAGGAGGUGUUCACGUAGCUGAUAAAAAAAACAAAAAAAACAACAAAAAAAAAAAAAAGUUUCCUGAAUUACAAAAUCUUGGGGUUUUUUUUUUGAAGUCAAUGCAAAACCUCCCAUCCUCCUAAUUCAUGAUAAACAUUUUAACUUCCCCAAUUUUUGCUCGGUUUCACAACACGACACUUUUUUUGGUUUGUUUUACCAUGUUUUGUGUUUCGCAAAACUUCUGAAAUUUGGACAAAGUGAGUUGAACGACUGAUGCAGGAGUGUUGAUCUGUCACAGAGAGGACAUGUGAUUCACCUGUAUGACACAUGUCACACGCUCUCAUCCAGAGUUACUUCAAUAUUUAUUGCUAUGAGAGUGUAUGUGCUCCUGGUAACAGAAGGCAUGACCUCAGUAUUACCAGCGUAAAGCUCUGUUAGUGCUACCCGCUCUACCAGUGCAGACUUGCUUUCCUCAGAUUCCUUCCUGCUCCCACGUAUCCGGUUUUGGCUGACCUUCCAGGUGAACCCCAAGCGGGUCUGAACACCGGCAGGGGCAAAAGGUCAGGACACCCUGCACUGCUUAAAGCCCCCAGGCUCCAGUAAAGGUCCAUGUGCCAAAACAUGUUGAUUUCAAGAACUUUUCAGAGCUCACCAGGUGAGCAGGUCUUGCUGUAUGGAUCAAUGUGUGACAGGAAGCACAACCCACACAUGACUCAUGCUCACGCCUGCCCCUGUAAGCUUCUGUCCUGAUUUAUGUCCUGUAGUUCCCAUGAGCAGUAAACACAGUGUUAAUCUCUAGUGUUAUGAUGAAAUAACAUAUAUUGUUCCCCAUAGUUCUACAUGAAGUGUGUAAUUUUGCUAUAAAUGGUAAUAUAUGGUAUGUAACUGCAUACUGUGUGGUAUUACUGUCUGGUAUUACGGUGUGGUAUUACUGUAUGUAUUACUUAUGUUUUUUAACAUAAACGAUUGAUUUUUAAUGUGAAUAGUUUGUGAAAAUCCAAAGCAAAAUUAUAUUACAUUUUAAAAAUUA